UUGGAAUUUGGAGAGGCAUCCAGGCGCGAUUCAUGUUUUGUUUAGGACACACAGUUACCGGCGGUACCUGCGGGACAUAAAGCACAGUUGGGACUUGAAGGCAGCGUUGGGCUGUGGGCCAGUGAUGCCGGACACAUUCACACUCAUAAACCGGACAGAGCCACGGUUGGGGCAGCUGGAGCGCACACUGGCCACGGACGAGAGCACUCGCCCCGCCUGGGUCAUAGCAAUCCUGGCCAGCGUUUUGAUCUUCACCACGGUGGUGGACGUGCUGGGAAAUCUGCUGGUAAUCAUAUCCGUGUUCAGGAACCGCAAACUGAGGAACUCUGGUAAUGUCUUUGUGGUGAGUUUGGCCUUUGCUGACCUUGUGGUAGCCUUCUACCCUUACCCCAUGGUUCUCUACGCGCUUUUCCACGAUGGAUGGGCACUGGGAAACACACAAUGCAUGGUCAGCGGUUUUGUGAUGGGGCUGAGUGUCAUUGGCUCCAUUUUCAACAUCACUGGGAUUGCAGUGAACAGAUACUGCUACAUCUGUCACUCAUUCUCCUACAGUCGGCUGUACAGCUUUCGCAACACUCUGCUGUUUGUUGCCUUAAUUUGGCUGCUCACAGUGGUGGCUAUAAUCCCAAACUUCUUUGUUGGCUCCCUGCGCUACGACCCGAGGGUCUACUCCUGCACCUUCGCCCAGAAUGUCAGCAGCUCCUACACGGUGGCGGUAGUGGUGGUUCACUUCUUGGUUCCCAUCGCAGUGGUUACCUUCUGUUAUCUACGCAUCUGGGUACUUGUGAUUCAGGUGCGACGCAAAGUGAAAUCAGAGGAGAGUCCUCGAAUCAGACCAAGUGACGUGCGGAACUUCAUCACCAUGUUUGUGGUCUUUGUGCUGUUCGCCAUCUGCUGGGCUCCACUCAACCUGAUUGGCUUGGCGGUGGCCAUUGAUCCGUCUCGUGUGGUUCCCCGUAUCCCAGAAUGGCUUUUUGUGGUCAGCUACUUCAUGGCCUACUUUAACAGUUGUCUGAAUGCCAUCAUCUAUGGCUUGCUCAACCGGAAUUUCAGGAACGAGUACAAACGCAUUGUAACAUCAAACUGGAUGGUUCGGCUCUUUGUGACGGAGACUUCACGAGGCGCCACGGAGGGCAGGAGCCUGAGGAGCAAGCAAUCGCCGCCUCAGCCACUCAACAACAACGAUUCUGUCAGAGAUCGUUCAAACAAACAAUGAAAUCUAAAUCUAUGAGCCUGUUAACUGGUAAUCCCUGUUUUUAUGUGACAACCAGUCAGUUGUGCAGCUAA